AUGGCUGGUAUCACUAGCAACGAGGCUCGUGUGCCUCGGAACAGCUUGCAUGCGUUCUAUCGAGGCACACUCUUCAACUCGAUCCUCAUCGGUCUAGUCAGCUUUACACAACCAGGGAUAUGGGGUGCUCUAUCAAACCUUGGAGCCGGUGGGCUGGCGACUCCAUUUUUCGUUAACGCGGCAAAUGUCAUCACCUUCGCGAUUAUGAUAUUUAUGAGUCCACUGUUCGCCGUUCUGAGUAACCGAUGGAGUUUGAAGUGGGUUCUGGUUUUCGGAACCCUUGGGUAUGCGCCUUAUUCGGCAUCCCUGUAUACGAACAGUGUUUACGGGACGCAGUGGUUCAUGCUAUUUGGGGCGGCGACCUGUGGCUUUUCUGCGGCAGCGCUCUGGGUCUCCGAGGCAGCGAUCGGUGUUGGAUAUCCCGAGGAGCAUCGCAAAGGAACAUACAUUGCCAUAUGGUUCGGCCUUAACAAAAUUGGUUCCAUCGUGGCCACUUCAAUUGAACUAGCCUUGAAUGUCCAAGGCGACCAGAAGGGAACCAUCAGCCCAGACACAUAUCUCAUCCUGAUCGCACUGCAGUGCCUAGGUCUUCCACUCGCCUUCCUCGUCAGUCCGGUGAACAAACUAAUUCGCAGCGACGGCACACGACCGACUCUUCCCCGUCGAACCACCAUAGCCGAAGGAUUCCGCGGCUUCUGGCACGUCUGCAAAAGACCCGAAAUCGCCGCUCUGAUUCCCAUAUUCCUGACUAGCCAAUGGGCACAGACCUACGAAGGCAAUUACCUAGCGACAUACUUCACCGUGCGCUCGCGAGCUCUCGCAGCAUUCGUCGUCACCUGGGUCGGACUAGCCGUCAACAUCGUCUACGGCUGGUUCCUGGACAGCAAGCUUAUCGGUCGACGGUCGACGCGCGCGCGAGCCGGCUGGAUCCUGCUGAUCGCAUCAUAUACCGUCACCUAUAUUUAUAAUCUCGUCGUGCAGGCCGAAUACGCACGCACAAACCCGACAUUCGAUAUCGGAUCGCCCGGCUACGCCCGUGCCGUGGGUGUGUACUGCCUCUUUUUCGUCCCUUACAAUGCUUUCGCGGUAUUGGGCUAUUGGGUUCUCGGAACGUUCGACCGGAGUAUCGAGAAUUUGACGUUCUCGGCGGCGUUGCUCCGUGGGAGCGAGUCUCUGGCAAGCACGAUUUCGUAUGCGCUCGGCGCGUCGAAGGAUGUCUCGCUGUUGACGAAUCUGAUCGUCGCCGCGGUGUUGUUUUGGGCGUCCGUUCCGACAACGACGUGGAGUACGUGGCAGGUCAAGGAUGAUGACGAAAUCCAGAAUGAGAUUGAAGAGACGGCGAGUACCGGUGAGAGUGGAAGUGAGAGCCACGGUCAGACGGAGGGUGUUAGUGUGCUUGUUAAGGGAUCAGGGGCCUGA